AUUGCAUUGUGCCGGUAAUCAACUAUGAAAUAAUGAUGAAAAAUAUACUAUUAGUUUUUAGUCUUCUUGGACUAUUUUGUGUGUGUUUGGCCCAAAUCGAUCAAGAUGGACAGUGUGACCUAAAUGUGGGAUUACAGGAAAAUUUCAAUAUUGAUGAAUUCCUAGGUACGUGGUAUGAGCUACGCCGAACUGCAAACCCGCACAAUCAAGGAAAAUGUGCUGCUUUCCACCUGACAAGGAACCAGAACCCACAAAGCAGCAAUAUCAUUAAUGUGCUCUAUGAUUCUGUCAACGACAAUUUUGCUGAGGAGUCUACUGGUACGAUUACUGUGCCUGAAGAUGGUUCAGCGAAACUGAGUCUCUCUCUCUCUGCCUUCCCUAAUGCUAAGCAGUUCUGGGUUCGUUUAACAGAUUUUGAAACAGUGGCUUUAACAUUCUCUUGUGAAAACUUGCCACAAAAUAGGAGAAGAGUUCACAUAUGGGUCCUCGGUAAACAGAACCAUCUCCCCAGUGGAUUGCCCGUAAACCUCAUCAACACAGCUCUGAACAACUUAUUUGACAUCAGUCUGGAACAACUAGAAGUUGUGAGUCACACUCCGAAUGACUGCGUCAAAUUGCCCGUUAUUGGACCUAAUCAGCCGGUUCUUUUAGAUGGACAAUGUGAUCAGACUAUACCUGUGGUCCAAAACUUCAACGUAGCUGAUUUCACAGGGCUAUGGCACCAAAUUUCGAAAUACCACAACGAUCACAACCAGGGGGCAUGUAUCAGAGCCGAAUAUUCUUCUCCUGUCAAUGGAGUGGUCAGUGUACUGAACAGCGAAGUCCGCAAUGGAGAACUCGUCUCCAUCACUGGUCAAGCAACUCCUAGUACUAAUGAUAACAGCGGUAAAUUAACAGUUACCCUGAAUCUUUCGACUGGUGGUACGGCGACUCAAGACUUAUGGGUCAUAGACACUGAUUAUAAAAAAUACGCAGUUGCGUAUGCUUGUGUGAAUCUACCUGCAACGAACCAAAAACGAGUUUUCAGUUGGGUACUAAGCAGGUCGCGUCGUUUGCCAGAAGAGUCAGAAGAUGCUGUAAACAAAGCUAUCGAUUCCGUGGUGGAACUGAAUAGAAAAUACUACCAGAUUACUGAUCAGUCUGAUUCAGCAUGCUUCUUCUAUCCGAACCCAGUAGAAAACACGCCUGUUGUGUUUAGAGGACAAUGCGAAUCUGUUAACGUCCAAGCUAUGGGUAGUUUUAAUGUUGGCAAUUUCAUGGGAACAUGGAAUACUAUCGAAAUGUACCCAGCGUCAUCGCAAGGUGGAACUUGCAGUAAUGCAUUUUACGAAUUGACCACUGAUAACAAAGUCAAUGUUGUCAACUCUCAUGUCGUCGGACAAGAACUGCUAACUGCCAGUGCAGUGGCAGUCCUAGCAUCUGAUGAUGGAACUGCUAAACUUGAAGUGACCUUCCCAAGCUCUCCUACUCCGUUUUUGCUAUGGGUAUUGGCUACAGACUACCAGAACUACGCUUUUACGUACUCCUGCACAAACAUAAAUGAGGACGAGAUGAGAGUGGUCAGUUGGAAGCUGAGUAAAACAAAAGAGCUUAAUGAAGACUCAAUCAGGGCAAUCAACGAGGUUAUAGAUAGAGUGUCAGUUCUGGAUCAGCGCUACUACGAGCGCAUGCCGCAGACAGUUGAAGACUGUUUCUACUUCCCCAAAGCAGAACCGGGAGUCACUGUCAGAUUCCCCGGCUCUUGCGAUGACAAUGUACCUGUUCUUGCGAACCUGGACUUCGGAGCAUUCGACAAAACAUGGUAUGAAGUAGAAUCAUACCCAAAAUCCCUACAACCUGGACAGUGCAUUUCCCACGAAUUCAUUCCAUCUGGAACCACAGGAUACAACGUGGAGUCAUACUCUAUCUAUGACCAAUUCGUCACCCCUCUUAGAGGAGUUUUAACUAGGAGCCCUACCAAUGAUGGGAAAAUGACUCUUACAAUUCCAAAUGCUAACGGACCAGAUACAACCAUACCCUUCUGGGUAAUAGGGACAGACUACAAUGAUUAUGCACUCGCUUACAGUUGCCAAAAUGACAAUGGUUACAGAAAGAUUUGGAGUUGGAAACUGAGCAGAACAAGAACCCUGUCUCCAUCAGCUAUCACAAAUAUAAACAACUUGAUGCAAAAUAAUGUUGUAUUAGACCAACGGUAUUAUCAAACUGUUCUCCACACAACCAGUGCAUGUGCCUAUUUGCCAGAACUUAACCCUGGUGAUGAUAUUAUUCUACCCGGUCAAUGUGACACGAACAUACAGGGCAUAGCAGGUUUUGACACCUUGAAGUUUUCUGGUCGCUGGCGUUUAAUUGAAAGUUAUGCAACAUACCGACAGUCGGGAACAUGUAACGUAGCUGAGUACACAUUCGUCGAUAGUCGCACUAUGACAAUAGUAAACUCUCAAGUUAGAAAUCAAGAACUAGAAACUAGGUCUUUUACGGCCAUUAGUGCCAAUGGAGAUGGAAAACUAACCGUCACGAUAAGUAAUAGAUCGUUUGAGUUAAUUGUACUGGACACUGAUUACACAUCAUACGCACUUGCCUAUGGUUGUACGAACAUAAAUGAAAAUGAAAGGAGAAUUUUCAGCUGGAAACUAAGCAGACAAAAUACAUUAUCGGGAACCGCAAUUUCCAAAAUUAACGAAGUCGUUAACAGCAUUGAAGUACUAAACAAUCGGUUUUACUAUAAAGUAGACCGCACUCAGACCGGCUGCUUCUACUACCCACCAGUGGAUCAAUCGACGCUUGUCAAAUUCCGUGGCCAAUGCAGCCAGUAUAGUAACAUACCAGUUGAGAGAAACUUCAACGUUCAGGAAUAUAUGGGUACAUGGUAUAACGUUGAGACGUAUCCUGUCAACGACCAAACGGGUUCGUGUAAUACCGCCGAAUACGAAUUACCUGCCACGGGCCCCGUCCAAGUACUCAACUCAGAAGUCCGUAACGAACAACUUUUCUCGAUCUCGGGAACAGCCGAGCUGGAGAGCAGUGUUGACAACAGUGCAAAACUUAAAGUAACUUUGAAUGUGGGCGGCACUCCAGUUGCGACAGACCUCUGGGUUCUAACCACCAACUAUAAGGACUACUCACUUGCGUACUCCUGUCGAGACAUUGACGAUGAGUUCAUGACUGUUUCCAUUUGGAAGCUGAGCAGAACAAAGGAGUUGGACCCAGUUUCGUCACUCGCUAUAACCAACUAUAUGACUACAAUUCCUAUACUGGACGAAAGGUACUUCAUCGACCGUGAUCACAGUCCAGAAGGCUGCUUCUACUACCCCGAACCUGAACUCGGCAAGCCAGUGGUGUUCCCCGGAAAGUGUGAUGAGAGUAUUGCUACUAUGGCUCAAUUCAACAUGCAACAGUUCCAAGGCGUGUGGCACGAAAUUGAAAUGUAUCCUGAGGCGACCCGGACUGGGCAGUGCGUAAACCGCCAGUUCACAGUAGAGGGCAAUGGCUUUAAAGUGCAGUCAUCAAAUAUAGACAAUCAGAUUCUUAAUCUACCGGCGCCCAUUACCCUCGUACCAACCAGUGGCAGUAGUGGAAAGUUCACAUUUACCGUCAACACUAAUUCAGGUCCUGUCGCAAUUCCGUACUGGAUUCUGGACACUGACUACCAGAGUUAUGCGCUAGCCUAUAGUUGCCUGCCGCUGAAUGAACAUUUUAGACAAGUCUGGAGUUGGAAACUCAGCAAAUCUAAGACAUUAACAUCGACCGCCCAGCAAGCAAUCAACGAAGCUAUCAAAGACAUAGCCGUAUUAAACAACGACUACUACGAGGAUGUUGACCAAUCAGAACGAGCGUGCUUCCACCUGCCUCCUCUAGAGGCCGGAGCUCCAGUCAUACUCCCCGGGAAAUGUGACCGAACUAUUGCUGGUGUUAAAGACUUCGACCUCAAAAGGUACACUGGACGUUGGCGUCUUAUCGAAUCUUACGGAACUGACUUCCAAAGUGGCCAGUGUAACGUCGCCGAAUACACUGAGCUGAGCAGUGACACUCUUGCAGUAGUCAAUUCACAAGUUGUUGGAAAUGACCUUUUAAGUGCUUCUGGGACAGCUCGUCUGAGCAGUACUGACGGCAGCGGAAAACUUCUCAUUCAAAUAUCUAACAAUGCAGAACCAAUCGAAUACAUUGUACUCGAUACUGAUUACACAAACUAUGCAUUCGGAUACAGCUGUGUGGACCUAGAAAACAACCAAAGGAGAGUUUACAGCUGGAAAUUGAGCCGCCAAAAUACUCUUAGCGAAACUGCAGUCUCCAACAUCGACAAAAUUGUCGAAACUAUUGACGUUUUACACAAUCCCUACUACUAUAAAGUAGAUCGCACUCAGACCGGCUGCUUCUACUACCCACCAGUUGAUCCUUCGACGCUUGUCAAAUUCCGUGGCCAAUGCAGCCAGUAUAGUAACAUACCAGUUGAGAGAAACUUCAACGUUCAGGAAUAUAUGGGUACAUGGUAUAACGUUGAGACGUAUCCUGUCAACGACCAAACGGGUUCGUGUAAUACCGCCGAAUACGAAUUACCUGCCACGGGCCCCGUCCAAGUACUCAACUCAGAAGUCCGUAACGAACAACUUUUCUCGAUCUCGGGAACAGCCGAGCUGGAGAGCAGUGUUGACAACAGUGCAAAACUUAAAGUAACUUUGAAUGUGGGCGGCACUCCAGUUGCGACAGACCUCUGGGUUCUAACCACCAACUAUAAGGACUACUCACUUGCGUACUCCUGUCGAGACAUUGACGAUGAGUUCAUGACUGUUUCCAUUUGGAAGCUGAGCAGAACAAAGGAGUUGGACCCAGUUUCAUCACUCGCCAUAACCAACUAUAUGACUACAAUUCCUAUACUGGACGAAAGGUACUUCAUCGACCGUGAUCACAGUCCAGAAGGCUGCUUCUACUACCCCGAACCUGAACUCGGCAAGCCAGUGGUGUUCCCCGGAAAGUGUGAUGAGAGUAUUGCUACUAUGGCUCAAUUCAACAUGCAACAGUUCCAAGGCGUGUGGCACGAAAUUGAAAUGUAUCCUGAGGCGACCCGGACUGGGCAGUGCGUAAACCGCCAGUUCACAGUAGAGGGCAAUGGCUUUAAAGUGCAGUCAUCAAAUAUAGACAAUCAGAUUCUUAAUCUACCGGCGCCCAUUACCCUCGUACCAACCAGUGGCAGUAGUGGAAAGUUCACAUUUACCGUCAACACUAAUUCAGGUCCUGUCGCAAUUCCGUACUGGAUUCUGGACACUGACUACCAGAGUUAUGCGCUAGCCUAUAGUUGCCUGCCGCUGAAUGAACAUUUUAGACAAGUCUGGAGUUGGAAACUCAGCAAAUCUAAGACAUUAACAUCGACCGCCCAGCAAGCAAUCAACGAAGCUAUCAAAGACAUAGCCGUAUUAAACAACGACUACUACGAGGAUGUUGACCAAUCAGAACGAGCGUGCUUCCACCUGCCUCCUCUAGAGGCCGGAGCUCCAGUCAUACUCCCCGGGAAAUGUGACCGAACUAUUGCUGGUGUUAAAGACUUCGACCUCAAAAGGUACACUGGACGUUGGCGUCUUAUCGAAUCUUACGGAACUGACUUCCAAAGUGGCCAGUGUAACGUCGCCGAAUACACUGAGCUGAGCAGUGACACUCUUGCAGUAGUCAAUUCACAAGUUGUUGGAAAUGACCUUUUAAGUGCUUCUGGGACAGCUCGUCUGAGCAGUACUGACGGCAGCGGAAAACUUCUCAUUCAAAUAUCUAACAAUGCAGAACCAAUCGAAUACAUUGUACUCGAUACUGAUUACACAAACUAUGCAUUCGGAUACAGCUGUGUGGACCUAGAAAACAACCAAAGGAGAGUUUACAGCUGGAAAUUGAGCCGCCAAAAUACUCUUAGCGAAACUGCAGUCUCCAACAUCGACAAAAUUGUCGAAACUAUUGACGUUUUACACAAUCCCUACUACUAUAAAGUAGAUCGCACUCAGACCGGCUGCUUCUACUACCCACCAGUUGAUCCUUCGACGCUUGUCAAAUUCCGUGGCCAAUGCAGCCAGUAUAGUAACAUACCAGUUGAGAGAAACUUCAACGUUCAGGAAUAUAUGGGUACAUGGUAUAACGUUGAGACGUAUCCUGUCAACGACCAAACGGGUUCGUGUAAUACCGCCGAAUACGAAUUACCUGCCACGGGCCCCGUCCAAGUACUCAACUCAGAAGUCCGUAACGAACAACUUUUCUCGAUCUCGGGAACAGCCGAGCUGGAGAGCAGUGUUGACAACAGUGCAAAACUUAAAGUAACUUUGAAUGUGGGCGGCACUCCAGUUGCGACAGACCUCUGGGUUCUAACCACCAACUAUAAGGACUACUCACUUGCGUACUCCUGUCGAGACAUUGACGAUGAGUUCAUGACUGUUUCCAUUUGGAAGCUGAGCAGAACAAAGGAGUUGGACCCAGUUUCAUCACUCGCCAUAACCAACUAUAUGACUACAAUUCCUAUACUGGACGAAAGGUACUUCAUCGACCGUGAUCACAGUCCAGAAGGCUGCUUCUACUACCCCGAACCUGAACUCGGCAAGCCAGUGGUGUUCCCCGGAAAGUGUGAUGAGAGUAUUGCUACUAUGGCUCAAUUCAACAUGCAACAGUUCCAAGGCGUGUGGCACGAAAUUGAAAUGUAUCCUGAGGCGACCCGGACUGGGCAGUGCGUAAACCGCCAGUUCACAGUAGAGGGCAAUGGCUUCAAAGUGCAGUCAUCAAAUAUAGACAAUCAGAUUCUUAAUCUACCGGCGCCCAUUACCCUCGUACCAACCAGUGGCAGUAGUGGAAAGUUCACAUUUACCGUCAACACUAAUUCAGGUCCUGUCGCAAUUCCGUACUGGAUUCUGGACACUGACUACCAGAGUUAUGCGCUAGCCUAUAGUUGCCUGCCGCUGAAUGAACAUUUUAGACAAGUAUGGAGUUGGAAACUCAGCAAAUCUAAGACAUUAACAUCGACCGCCCAGCAAGCAAUCAACGAAGCUAUCAAAGACAUAGCCGUAUUAAACAACGACUACUACGAGGAUGUUGACCAAUCAGAACGAGCGUGCUUCCACCUGCCUCCUCUAGAGGCCGGAGCUCCAGUCAUACUCCCCGGGAAAUGUGACCGAACCAUUGCUGGUGUUAGAGACUUUGAUAUUAAUAAGUACUAUGGACGUUGGCGACUUAUUGAGUCCUAUGGAUCUGAUUUCCAAACCGGGACAUGUAACGUUGCACGGUACACUGUGCAAGGAAACAUUCUUCAGGUGGUCAAUUCACAAGUUGUGGGAGAGGCCCUAACAAGCGUUUCUGGAACGGCUCGUGUUGUCAGUACCGAUGGCACUGGCAAGCUCCUCUUCACAUUCCCAAGUCAAUCCAUGGAAGUCAUCGUACUGGACACUGAUUAUACAGAUUAUGCGUUAGCGUACAGCUGUGUCGACUUGGAAAACGACCAAAGAAGAGUUUACAGUUGGAAAUUGAGCCGAGGAGAUACUCUUAGUCCAGACGCAACAGUUAAGAUUAAUGCAAUUAUAAACAGUAUUGACGUAUUGCACCAACCCUAUUACUACACUGUGAAACGCACUGAAAACGAUUGUUUCUACUAUCCACCGGUAAACCCAAGCGUCCCAGUGGUGUUCCGUGGCCAGUGUCGCGAUGACAUACCCGUUGUCCAAAACUUUGACGUUGAAAAGUAUUUGAAACUUUGGCACGAUAUCGAAUCUUAUCCUAUGCCUUUCCAAGCUGGUUCCUGCCCCAAUGCUUUCUAUGAUGUGCUUGACGCAAGUACCGUCAGCGUAUUCAAUACUCAAGUUAUUAGCCAAACCUUAGACACUAUUGUUGGAAAAGCAGUUGUAACAUCUAAUGAUAACAGUGCGAAACUCGAGGUCUCUUUCGAAGGUUUUGUUGAAGGUACUACGGACUACUGGGUGUUAUCAACUGACUACUCUACGUAUGCUUUUGUCUAUUCAUGCACAAAUUUGGAUGACGAGUUUAUGUCAGUUGUGAGUUGGAAGCUUAGCAGAACUAAAGCAGGCUUGACUGAUGGUGCCACUUCAAAGAUAAACGAAAUUAUUGGCAAUUAUAAGUUUUUGGAUGACAGAUAUUAUAUUAAACGCGAUCAGUCGCCUGAAGGCUGCUUCUACUACCCUGAUUACCAGCCAGGAGUACCAGUAGAGUUCCCUGGCAUCUGUGAUGAGAAUAUACAGGCUGUAUCUGCUUUUGACUUCGAAAAAUUCAAAGGUACUUGGCACGAAAUCCAAGCUUAUCCGAAGGAAAACCAACCAGGGCAAUGCAUCAGCCAUGAAUUUACACCUGACUCCACAACCAGCUACCUUCUCAACUCCUUCAAUGUGUUUAACACACAGCUAUCUAAAUCAGAAAGCAAAGUCACUUACUACAAUAACAAUGAUAACAGUGGAAAACUAAAAAUUGAACUGCCUAAUGGUUUAACUAUACCUUACUGGGUUCUGAGCACGGAUUACACAAAUUACGCUCUAGUUUACGCUUGUGUCAAGAGCAGAGAUGAUUACAGACAAGUCUACAGUUGGAAACUCAGCAGAAGUAAACAACUGACUCAAGAUGACAAUGUAAAGAUCGAUGAGGCUAUAUCUAAAGUUGAUGUUCUGAAGCAAGUUUACUACGAGACCAUUCAGCAGACUGAAAACGCUUGCUUCUACUAUCCCGUGUUGGGUCCCAAUGAUCCUGUAAUUUUCCCCGGUCGUUGUGAUGCCAAUAUUCCUGUACUACAAGGGUUUAAUUCAGAAGCGUACCUAGGACAUUGGAGGUUACUCGAAUCGUACUACACUAGUUUCCAAGAAGGGGCAUGUAACACAGCUACGUACUCUGAAGGUCCGAAUGAUUCCGUUAUUGUGGUUAACGCGAGGGUUAAUAAUCAAGAAUUGUUCACAAUCACGGGAUCCGCUGUCUUGGCUACAACAGAUGGAAGCGCAAAACUUUCAGUUACUUUCCCAGGCUCUAGUGGAACUGCUGACUAUUGGAUCUUGGACACUGAUUACAAUGAUUACGCACUUAUUUACUCGUGUGAGGACUUAGAGGAUGACAGAAGAAGAGUUUGGAGUUGGAAGAUGGGCAGAAGGAACACCUUAUUACAAGAUUCAAUAAAUAAGAUCAACCGAGUCGUUGACAGCAUCAAUGUACUGGACGCACGAUACUACCAGAAAAUAGGCCGAACGGACGCUGACUGUUUCUAUUUCCCAACACCAAACCCCGACAAGAAUGUUGUCUUCCCCGGUCAGUGUGACCAGAACAUUCCAGUCGUUCAACAAUUCAACGCUGAGAGGUUCAGAGGCACAUGGUACGACUUAGAGUCGUAUCCUACCGGCUUCCAAAGUGGAACAUGUAAUACCGCCAACUACGAAUUGAACCCGGACAAUACAUUCAACGUAUUAAACACACAAAUUGUUAAUCAACUUCUGCAAUCCCGGCCCGGUACUGCCAGUGCAACUACAACUGAUGGAAGCGCCAAGUUUGAAGUUAGCUUCUUGAUUAACGGAGAAUACGUUAAAAGAGAUUAUUGGGUAUUGGAAACGGAUUACCAAAACUUUGCAUUUGUAUACACUUGCCGCAACCUUGAUGAGGAAUCCAGAGAAGUUUUCAGUUGGAAAUUAAGUCGAACAAAAUCUUUCAACUCUGCAUCUACCGAUGCAAUCGACAAAGUGAUUCAGAACGUCGACGUCCUUCAACCAAAAUACUAUGUUAAGAGGCUACACACCCCUGAAGCCUGUUUCUACUAUCCUGACAACAACGGAGGCGAUGUCGUGUUGUACGGAAAAUGUACCGACGAUAUUCCAUACAUGACAAGCUUUAAUGCCCAAUUAUUCCAAGGUACAUGGCACGAAGCAUCACGGUUCCCGUCUGACCUUCAAGAUGGUGAAUGUACUGAGUCCGGCUUUACCUUAGAUGAAAAUACAAACACUUUCAACGUCAUCCAAACGACUGUCAACGAUGAAAUACAAACAUCCAGCGUCUUGCAAGCUACUGUGGCCACAGACGGAAGAGGUGUCUUCACCGUAACAAGCGAUGGAGUGCCAUUCAACGAAUUGUAUGUCUUGGACACCGAUUACGACAAUUUUGCGGUACUAUACAGCUGCAGGGAUCUCGAUCUCGAAGAGGAAAGGAAGCAAGUUUACAGUUGGAAACUUAGCAGAAGACGUGAAGGCUUUUCCGAAUCAGUCCAGGAUACUAUCAACCAGAUCGUGUCGGACAACAUUGAUCUUAAUGAGCCCUACUACAAAGAAACUGGUCAAGACAGCAACUCUUGCUUCCACUACCCAGUAUUGGAUAAUCCCGAUGUGAUUGAAUUACCAGAACCUUGCAAUCCCGAUAUAACUGGCAUCCCCGACUUUGAUGCGGAAGCGUACUUGGGCCGCUGGUUCGAAGUGGAAAGAUACCCGCAACCAACUCAAGCUGGACAGUGUAAUCGCGCUGUAUACAGUGACCUACAGGGUGCUACCGUUAAGGUGGUUAAUAGCCAGGUCCUUGACAGAAGGUUAUUGUCUAUUGAAGGCUCAGCUACCGCUAGUGCAGAUGGAAGUGGAACAUUAAAUGUCAACUUUAAUGUUAACGAUGAAGCCAGAGCAUCCAAUUUAUUGGUAUUAGCUACUGAUUACUCGUCAUACGCUCUGGUGUACAACUGUGAGACCUUGGACAACGGAAUGAGACAAGUUGGCAGUUGGAAACUCAGUAGAAAUAAAACGUUAAGUACUGGCGCGAUUGAGAAAAUAGAUGCAGUUGUUGCUGCAACUCAAGGUCUAAACCCGAUUUACUAUCAGAGGACAAGUCAAGAAGACGAUGUGUGCUUCUACGUGCCCGAACGUGAGCCUUUAACGGCACCACGCUUUAGAGGACAAUGUGGGGAUGUUAAGGGAAUUCAAGUUGAUGCUAACCGAUUCGUUGGCUGGUGGCAUGAAAUGAGAAGGUACGCAUCAGACGGAUUCGCUGGAGAAUGUAUUAGCUCUAACUACGAGCAAUCAGGCGAUACUCUUCUGGUCGUUGAUACGAACGUCGUAGGAAACAGCGGCGCAGUGAACAACGGCGUAGUUACGACCGCCACUGUUACAAUCACCGAGGAUGGCGUGUUACGUAAAGUUUUCAGCAACGGAAAUGUACAAGAAAUUGUGGUACUUGCUACUGAUUACGAGAACUAUGCCCUGUUAUAUUCGUGCGAAAACGAUGGUGAUGAAUACAGACGUGUAUGGAGCGCAGUGCACAGCAAGACUCAAGUGAUAAACGAAGCUGCUGAAGAAGAAAUUGAAAAGGAGCUCGAAGCAAAUGAGGUUUUGUACAAGGAGCUGUAUCUGAACGUAGACCAGUCUCCUGAGGCCUGCUUCCAUUACCCUGCACAGACUGAUCAACCAAUCGUACUGCCUGGUCAAUGUGAUGCUACCAUUGCUGGUUUAACCAACUUCGACGCAGUAGAGUUCGCAGGAAACUGGUAUCAAACCGCGCAGUACGACCCACUCCAGGGUCGCAGCUGUGCUGGUUCUAGGUUUACCUACAACUCAGAAUCUGAAGAACUAAGUAUUGUGGACUAUUUCGUCGUUAACGAAGACUUGGAGACCAGAGAGGCCACAGGCAGUGCGUCAAGCGAUGGAACUUUGACUGUUACUUGGUCUGAAGCUGAAACUGAAGAUUCGAACUCUAUGACGAUACGAAUUCUGAGCACCGAUUACACGAACUAUGCGGUAGCAUACACUUGUGUUAAUGAUGGUAACUGGCGUAGACAAGUGAGCGUCUGGGUGCUGAGUCGUGAAAGAGAAAUGUCGGCUGCUGGCACUCAAGGCGUCAACGCCCUUAUAGCCGCGCGACCAGAGUUAUACCAGAACUACUUCAGGGAAAUCCCUCAGCAUGAUGAAUGUCCAGAACCCAGUUCAGCAUUUAUAUUCAAAAGCAGUAUUAUUGUGAUACUUGUAUGUUCAUUGUUGCAGUUAGCUUUUAAUUAAGAAAUAAAUAUAUUUUAGUUAAAUAAGUUAUAGUCUUAAGACAUGUAACUUUUUAUAAGUUAUUUAUUCGUAAUUUCGAAUAAAAAAUAUUUUAUAUGUACAUAAUAAUAAA